UCGGGGCAGGCGGGCAAGCAAGCAGGCUGUGGCAGGCAGUGGUAGACAGUGGUAGUAGACAGUGGUAGGCAUUCGGAUUUAGAAACGAAGUCGGGAACGCCGUGGAAUCCUCUCGCAGCAGUGUUUCCGGAGUUCGCGAGUGCCCGAGGAACAGCCCGGCAGGCUCGCGAGUGAGCGACGUGUUCCGUCGGUUCGGUGCGAGCGAAGAAGAGGACUCACGGGGAGCCAUGUGCGUGGACGCGUUCUAGCGAUCGCUGGAGGCCCGAACGAACGGAGAGCGAAGAGGACCGCGGACGCGUCCGCCACGGCCGAGUACUCGAGGGGCACAGAGAGGACAGGGAGGAGAAGGCGCAGGAGGAAGAAAAGAUGUCGCUCGAGGGGCCCGCUACCUCGCUACGGCCCUGGCCGAGGCCCCAGCGUCUUUUGCUAGCGUUUCUGCUGCUCUGUGGAACUUUCGCGGAUGCAACGAGAUUGAGGCAUUCGAGACACCUGGAUGCGAGAUCACAGUUCUCGACCGAAGAGGAAUUAACGAUGCAGCAAGGGGAGAACCACAACCACAAGCCGGUGUUUUCGAAUUGCUCCAAUUACGCGCCCAUCGUGCAAGAGGAGGAACCGGCGGGCACCGUGGUGAUACAAGUGCACGCAGAGGACAGGGAUCACCCGGAGGAAGGAGGCACGAUCACGUACAGCUUCGUCACCGCUCCGGGCGAGAAGCUGAAAUUCGAGAUCAACAAUAGGACCGGGCUGAUCAGGACCACGCAGGUGCUGGACAGAGACGAGCCCGCUCGAGAGAAGGAGGCGUACCUGACGGUGCUCGCGACCGAUAACGGUAGACCGCAGCUGGACGACGUGUGCACGUUCAAAGUGACCAUCGAGGACGUGAACGACAACUCGCCGGUAUUCGACAAAGUGGCGUACACCGAGUCGGUACCGCAAGAUUUACCGUUGGGCCGUGAGGUGAUGAGAGUCUCCGCCACGGACAUCGACGACGGCAACAACUCCGUGGUCUACUACAAUCUGUCGCCGAAGAGGCCCGAGGAUGGGGUGUACUUCCGAAUAGAUCGGAACACCGGCGUGAUAUUCCUCAACAAAACCAUCGACAGGAAUCCCGAGUACAAAUUCAGCAUGACCGCCACCGCGGAAGACCAAGGCGAGAUCCCGAGAUCGAGCAUGAUCGAUCUGGACAUACGGGUGGUCGAGUCCCACAAAAAGGCGCCGGCCUUCUUGCCCAGAUCCUCCGAACCGAUCCGGCUGCCGGAGAACUUCAACGAUUUCGAUCAGAGCAUCGUCCGACUGAAGGCUGUGUCGAACAGCGGCGACGAUACCGGUCUCCUGUUCGAGCUGGUCCCCGGCAGAACCGAGCAGACCAACAAAGGAAACACGUUCAGGUUGGAGUCGAACAAAGACGUGGCGGACAUCAAGCUGGCCCAGCACCUCGAUUACGAGAGCAACACGGUGUACACGUUGAUCGUGCGGGUGCAGAACAGGUACCAGCUGGCCGCCGAGACGGUGGUCGACAUCGAGGUGCUCGACGUGAACGACAAUUUCCCGGUGUUCCGCGAGAUGAAGAAGGGCAGCGUGCUCGAGAACGAGCCGCCGGGAGUGCCGGUGAUGCAGGUCCGCGCGAUCGACGCGGACGGGACGUCCGCUCACAAUCAGGUUACCUACGAGUUGGACAACUUCCGGGACCUGUUCGCCAUCGACAAGUACACCGGUAAUAUCACCACGUUGACCACGUUCGACAGGGAACAGGAGGACACGUACAACGUGAAGGUGAUCGCGGUGGACAACUCGCCCAGCGCCGUCGUCAAGACCGGCGAGCACAACAAGGGCCAGCAGGUGUUCCGCAUCGAGAUCGCGGACAAGAACGACAACGCGCCCCACUUCACCCAGGCGGUGUACACGGCCAACUCCAUCCUCGAGAACGCGAACAUCAACGCGCUGGUCACCGAGGUGAAGGCCCUCGACUCGGACACGGCCAGCCCGGUCACGUACAGCAUCAUAUUCGGCAACACCGACGACAGCUUCUACAUCGAGGGGACCACCGGCAAGAUCCGCGUGAAGAAGGCCCUCGAUUACGAGAAGAUCACCGAGUACAACCUGACGGUGAGGGCGUUCGACGGCCUGUACAACGACACCGCUCAGGUCAAGAUCUUCAUCGAGAACGUGAACGACAAUCCGCCGGUCUUCGAGGACUUCAAGAAGAACCCGACGAUCAAGGAGGAGGAACUGGUGGAAGGUUGCAUCACCACCGUGGUCGCCUACGACCCCGACAUAAAGAACAGGAGCGCCGACCAGCACAUCGCGUACUUCAUAGUGAAGGACGACCAACAGCCUCUGAUCGGGAUCAACAAGACGGGCUGCAUGACGCUGAAGAAACCGUUGGACAGGGACGCGCCGAACGGCUACUCGAUGUGGACGGUGAUAGUGAUGGCGCGAGACGAGGACGGCUCGCCGACCGCGCUGCGGGAACUGGUGAUGGUGAACAUCACGCUGAUCGACAUAAACGACAACGCGCCGUUCCUCGACAUGCCGUACCCCGUCGUCUGGGGCGAGAACAAGCGGCCGGGUCGGAUCACGGAGCUGAAGGCCCGCGACUACGACUCGGACGAGAACGGCCCCCCGUUUUACUUCCGCAUCGACGAGAACACCGCGGACGACGAGAUCCGCUCGAGGUUCGCGAUCCGCGGCGCCAACCUGCUCGCGCAGUACCAGUUCGACCGGGAGCAGCGGAAGAGCUACAACAUACCGAUCGCGAUCACGGACAGCGGGAAGCCGCCCAUGACGGGCACGUCGACCCUGACGGUGAUCAUCGGCGACGAGAACGACAACGAGAUGUCGGAAGGCUCCAGUUCCAUAUUCGUGUACAAUUACAAAGGCGAGUCGCCCGACACGGAGAUCGGUCGGGUGUACGUGAACGACCCGGACGACUGGGACCUGCCGGACAAACACUUCGCCUGGGCCUCGACGCACGACGGGUUCCGGUUGAACCAGGAAACGGGGAUGAUCACGUUGCUGUCGGGCACGUCGAACGACACGUUCGUCCUGAAGUUCCUCGUCACCGAGGAGAGCCGGCGGAUUCAGCGGCACCAGGUGAACGCGUACGUGAACGUCACCGUGAAGGAGCUGCCGGAGGAGGCGGUGGUCCGCUCCGGUUCCGUUCGUUUCUACGGGAUGACCGCGGAGCAGUUCGUCGCGCCCAGCGAGAUCGGCGUCAGCAAGAAGGAGAUGUUCCAAGAGAGGAUCGCCAACAUGCUGAACGCGUCUGUCGAGAACGUGGACGUGUUCACGGUGCUCCAUUCUCCGCAUCACAAUAACAGGAGCCUGCUCGACGUUCGGUUCUCCGUUCACGGGAGCCCGUAUUACGCGCCCGAGAAGCUGAACACGAUACUGGCGCAGCACAGCCGCGAGAUCGAACAGGAACUGAAGACGAACAUCCUGCUGGUGAACAUCGACGAGUGUCUGUUCGAGAAGCAGCACUGCAACAACUCCUGCCGCAGUUACUUGAACGCCAGCACCGUCCCGUAUGCGGUCUACACGAACACGAGCUCCUUCAUCGGGGUGCGGGCGGUGGUGGAUCCGCAAUGCACCUGUCACGUGGCCGAGCCGAUCGUCUGCCUGAACGGCGGCACUCCGCUCGCCGAGCGUUGCGAAUGCCCGCCCGGCCUCGAGGGACCCAGGUGCGAGCUCCUCGGCAUCGGGUUCCACGGCGACGGCUGGGCCGUGAUGCCUCCGCCCGGUCAAGCUUGCGACGACUCUCAUUUGGGUCUCGAGAUAACGCCGCACGUCGACAACGGUUUGGUCUUCUAUUUCGGCCCGAUGACCUACAGCCACAGAGUGGCCAUCCAGGAUUUCAUGGCGCUCGAGCUCCAACAAGGCUACGCGGUCCUUUACAUGGACUACGGCACGGGCACCGUGCGGCUCGAUCAGAAGAAGAUCAAGCUCACGGACGGCAAGAGCCAUAGAAUAGACGUUUACUGGACCAAGAACUCGAUCGAGAUGAAGGUGGACAAUUGCGGCAUAUCGGCUUGCAUGAGUCUGACCGCGCCGCAAGGGCCCAACGAGUUUCUGAACGUGAACAGCCCCAUGCAAAUCGGCGGGACCAUGACCAACCUCGCGCAGCUCGGCUCGCAGUUCCAAUGGGACUACAAACCGACCGACAAGGGGUUCAUCGGCUGCAUACGUAACAUGACGUUCAACGGAAACACGUACAACCUGGGAAUGCCAUCGCUGUCGCGCAACGCGGAUCCGGGUUGCGAUCACGGAAUGGCCAAAGCGAUUUCCUUCGGAAUCGACACCAAUUUCUUGGUCGCGAUUCUGGUGUGCGUGGCGAUACUGCUGAUACUGCUGCUCGCCGUGGUGGUGCACAGGCGUAAAACGGACGACCUGUACAAGGAUAUGGACGACAUACGAGAGAAUAUAAUUAAUUACGAAGACGAAGGAGGCGGCGAGGUCGACACCGGUUACGACUUGAACGUCCUGAGAACCAUUUACGACGCUCCUCCCAUCGAUUCGAAGAUAGCGACUGGCAGAGCUCCUGACGAGGUUCCGGAUAUUUGCGGUUUCCUGGACGGCAAGAAGGAAAGCUGCGACAAAGAUCCGGACACGAACCCGUUCGACGACGUCAGGCACUACGCGUACGAGGGCGAGGGCAAUUCCGAGGGAUCCCUGUCGUCCUUGGCUUCUUGUACCGACGACGGUGACCUGAAAUUCAACUACCUCUCGAAUUUCGGACCGAGGUUUCGAAAGCUGGCAGACAUGUACGGAGAGGAGGCCAGCGACGAGGAGAGCGACGGCGUCGGAGAACGAGAGAGCGAGAGCUGGUGUUGAGCUUCAACCCGUUCGCGGACCUCGACAAAACAGUUCGCGGACCUCGACAAAACUGUUCGCUCGCAGGCUUUUGCAUUUUGUACUUAAACGCCAUCUCCGGCCGCGUUCUGCAGCGCACGCGCCAUCGCUGUGGCUCGACCGAAGAGGACAUCGGACGGACCCACGGAUGACAUCGCUAUCCCUCUUUCGUUGAACGAAUCGCGCGACGGGACGAACGCGGCAUCCGAGCGUCGUUCCCGAGCGAGACAUCGAUUCGCAACCCCGGGAUCUUUGAAACCAGAACUGAUAAUCAUCCAUCCCGCCUUCCAGUUUCUCGUUUCUCGUUCGAGGUCACGCGACUCCCGAAACGAGGGACGAAUUACAUAUCUUUGCAUCGACCGGCCUGACAGCGGCGAACCCCGUACACUUGGCGAGGCGAUACGAUCGGACGUGUUUCCAAGUUCGACGAUCGUCCGAGCGACGACGAGCCGUUCGGCAUAUUUUUUACGAAUUCCAUUAGAUAAAUGUAUAUCAACGAUACACGUAAACUCUCGAACACAGCGGACGUCGAUGGGGGAGGUGAACGUUCGCGGUACUCGCGCGAGAAUCCAACCGCGGAAAGACGAGCAGAGUGAGAGAGAGAGAGAGAGUGAGUGAGAGUGAGGAAGAGAGUGAGGAAGAGAGUGAGGAAGAGAGGAGUAGGGAACGCGCGGUAGGGAACGCGAAACGAAGCCGGUACCCGAGCGAACGACGGAGGAGAGAGGAAGAGCGAACAACGUCGCUUCAUUAUUUAACUUAUAGAGUAUUUUAUUAAUCGAAUACGUGGAAUCGAGUAUGUGUGACGCGCGAAGCGUAUGUUCGUGUAUGCAAAUUACAACUAAGAGUAGGUAUAAAUUAUAAAAAUAGACAAAGGGGACGCGGAAGGAGGUGUGUUACGCGUAGAUCGAGAGGCGAUCGAUCCUCCCCGAGACUCGAACGCGACCGGUAAUUCACGCGUUUUUCCGAGGUUUGCGAGCAGGCUCGAGUUACGAGGAACCAUGCGAGGUCGCGAAGAUUCGAUGCAACGUCGACUCGUCGGACUGGAUCUAAUAGCCGAACGGGCACUCGGGGCAACUCUCUCGAGGACUCGACGAAAAAGACCAGAGGUGCCAUAUCGUGCAACGGACAGCGUUCGCUCGUCGUCCCGACGUGCGUGAACGCCGAACGUUGCUGAAUAUUUUCCUGCCAUCCGGUUCCUCCUCAUCGUUGGACCGUGGCUCUUCGUGCUCCGCCUCGAGAAACAAUUUCUAUACCUAUACAUAUAUAUGUAUACAUAUAUGUAUGUAUAUUCGUGUACCUAUGUACGCGUAUACGCACGUACGUACACGUAUAUAUGUGAUAAUAAUUUGUAAGCUUUUUGUACGAUAAAUCAUUGACGGUAUAUAUGUAUAAAUACGUAACGAACGCGUGCGCGUGCACGAGGAAGACAGGACUCGGAGUGAAAGGGACAGCGUGCGUGAGAGAGAAAGAGUGAUGGAGAGCGAGAGAGAGGGAGAGAAAGAGAAAGAAAGAGAGAGUGCGAGAAAGAGAUAAGGAUAGGAAAGGAAGGAAGCCAACGUGUAAUUUAUACGAUAAAGAAUAGAGUGCAGCUUACUGCGAAAGCGUGUGAUCUCAGAAGAAAUACGGACGCGCGGAUCGCGUGUAACGGCACGCGCAAACGAUUAGCUGCGAGCCACUCUUAGACUGUAGAGAACCCGACGGAAGCAUCGCCGAGGUGGCGAAGCACGGUCGCGCCCCUCGUAUUUUGCAGUACAAAAUACGUUUCUGUUGGCGAACGUCGCGAAACGAGUGAUGCCACGCGGCCGUGGCGUAAGGUAAAAUAGAUGCGAAAAACAGGGCUCCCGACGGAAACCGAAGCUUCGAGUCGCGUUCGCGUUCCUCGCACCUCUGCGCCGCAGACGUCCCCCGGGAAUGGAGCGAACGGAGGAGCCCGAGACGCUUCGGGAACGCGAUCGUCGAGUAGUUUUUCGGCUCCGUCGUUGCCGAUCGAGGCCCCGGAGCUCGUCCACGGCUCGAGAUAGCCGUGCCGACGUCGCGAUUACAUAUACAUAUGUAUCUGAACACUGCCCUUCUGUACUACCAGACAAGAAAAACAAAAACAAACAAAAAAGAAAAAAAAAGGAGAAACGAAAGAAAGAAGAAGACCGGAGAAGGAAAAGGGAAGACGACCGUUUCUCAGCGCGCACGCUAAUUUUUUCUAAACACUUUCCGCGUUCGAGCGCAUCCUUCGAGCUGCACUCGCCGAAGAGACGAACGUCGAAUGCGCGACAGUCGAUGGCAACCCGUACGUCUGCGCACCUUUAUCCUUUACCCGCGACUCGUCAACUAUCGUCGUCGGAGAUACGUGUAUGUCCGGCCGAGAACCGUUGGCGGCUCUUCCGGAGAAAUUAGGGAGGCGAGGAGGACUCGUUUUCGACGCGUGCACCGAUGCCGCUCGAAUCCCACGAUUUCCUGUGUAGAAAACUUCUUCGUUCCAUAUUUAUACUUGCCGUCUCGUUCACCCGUAUUUCUCUGUUCCCCUCGUGUUCACUUUCUGCCCGACAUCGCGUUAAUCAGCUCGAGACAGUGAAUAUUGGGGAUUUAAACCGGCACCGUCAUCAUUAGCCGCGAGAACACAGGGAGCGAGACGAAACGCGACGGAGUUGAACUAUAAAAAAAGGAAAUUCUCCAUAGGUCCGUCUUACUCGCAUUCAUCCUCGCUCCCCUGCGUUAUUGCCGUGCCAAUGGCUGCGAAAACCGAGGCGGCUCGUACGCCGCGACCGAAAGCCUCCCCUCGCCUCCCUGACUUCUCGCCGGGAAGAGAGGCAGCCAACGCUUCUCGCCCGAACGAUAAUUUGUUCUUUUUGUAGCAAUAAAGUAAACUUCGAAUA